AUGGACAGAGGAUUACCAAGGACUGAACCAGGACAACAUCGACAGAUGAUUACCAAGGUACUGGACCAGGACAACAUGGACAGAAGAUUACCAAGGUACUGGACCAGGACAACAUCAACAGAUGAUUACCAAGCGACAUUGACAACUGUGAACAACAUCCCUGUGAAUUUUACGAACAAUCAUAACCAUCCUGGAGAUACCAUUGGUCUUGCUGCUUUUGUCUUCCUAAACAACGUGAAGAAGAGAUGCCGUGAGCAGACUGAGCCAAUGCCCUCUGUGUUUGAUGAGGAACUUGGAAAUCUUUACGACAAGGAUUUUGAUGCUGAUGUUGAGGAUAUGAUUCAGAAGAUUCCAACUUUCAACAGUUGUAAAUCCUCCUUAUACCGAAGCCGGUCGAAGGUCAUGCCUAAGCUUCCAGCAACGCAGGGAGAUAUAGAUCUACAAGGAAGAUGGAAGGAGACAUCAUCCGGGAGCCGCUUCCUUCUGUGUGAUGAUACCAACGCCAUAGGAGAGAGAAUCAUAGUGUUUGGGACAGACAACAACCUCCAAAGAUUAGCUGAAUCAUCGACAACUUUUGUAUUUAGACUGAAAGAUGUUACUAAGCAAAAUAUGUUGGCAAAGAUAGCAGCUUCUUCAAAAGUGGAAAAUUCGACGAAAUCUGGUGUUGGAUGUUCCGAAGACGACGACGGCGGAGGAGUAGAUUUGCACAUAGACGAUGGGAAAUGCACAGGUAUAGAUAACAUUCUGCCAGUGUCACAUGAUGUAAAGAUGGCAGCCAAUAUGAAAUUGUUUGUUUAUUUAGGGUUAUGCACAGUGAAUUUAUUUUUCCUCGUGUCUGCUGAUGUACCUAUCGUUGUCAACACAUGGCCGUUUACCAACGCCACAAUAGGAGCAUGGACACGUCUGUACACACAGAAGGGCAGCAGUGUCGAUGCUGUGGUGGCUGGUUGUCAAGUGUGUCAAACCCAACGGUGUGAUGGAACUGUUGGCUAUGGUGGGGAUCCAGACGAGGAAGGGGAGGUCACUCUGGACGCGAUGAUUAUGAAUGGGAAGACGAUGGAUGUUGGAGCUGUGGGAUGUAUACGUCGUGUAAAGGAUGCUAUUGGCGUUGCAAGGGCAGUGAUGGAUCACACUGGGCAUACACUGUUGGUAGGGGAGCUAGCUACAAAGUUUGCCGUCGAAAUGGGAUUCAAAGAGGAAAAUCUUUCUACACCUCGAUCAGAUAAAAUCUAUCAGGACUGGAAAAAUAAUCAUUGCCAGCCAAACUUUAGAAAGAAUGUCACACCAGACCCAACACAGAACUGUGGCCCAUACAGACCACUAAGGCAAGACAUAAGUAACAUCAAGAGAGACAACUCUCGUAAGAGAUACAACGUGGAGAGGAGAAAUCAUGACACUAUAGGAAUGGUGGCUAUUGAUGCUGAUGGACACGUUGCUGCAGGAACAAGCACCAAUGGCUUAAAUCAUAAAAUACCAGGGAGAGUGGGAGACUCGCCAAUCAUGGGGGCAGGGGCGUACGCUCGCAAUGGCGUGGGAGGAGCUGCAUCAACUGGAGAUGGUGAUGUCAUGAUGAGAUUUCUACCUGCAUUCAAUGCUGUUAACCUGAUGUCGAUGGGUGUAGACCCCAACACUGCUGCAGAGAAAGUUCUUAUUCCUAUCAAGGAGUUUUACCCUACAUUUAGAGGUGCUGUCAUUACAGUCAAUAGUGAUGGAAUCGUUGGUGCUGCCUGUCAUGGUUUUGCAGUUUUCCAGUUUUCUGUAGCUGACGUGGCAUCACAAGGUGUUCAUAUUCAUUACAAGAACUGUUCUAACUAAUCUUUAACUGAUGAAAUUCCAAGAAAGUCCUCACGAUGAAAUUUCUUUGAUGUUAUGAUGAAUACUUUGAUUGGUUCAAUUUUUUUUUUGUGAGUAUUAACUAACUUAUUUGGUGUAGUUUUUAAAGACUGUGAUACUAGGUUUACUGUUGAUUAUCUUUAUAUCAGUGUAAGAGGUUUGUGUUUGAGGAAGUUAGGGGUAAGGGAGGUUAGGGGUAAGGGAGA